CUCAGAUAAGUACAAGAUCAGGCACUUAACAGUAUCUCUUCCCAGACGCUCCAUAAUUGCAUUCUUCCAUGGACGACGUUUCUUGCCUCAUGUGAUUUCUAUCCUCUUCAAUCAUGUCUGCUCCAGUCUUUGGAGCUUUCAUCACCCAUGAAAGUACUCCUGCCCCUGUUCUCCCUGUCCUUCACCGAGACCAGAUCACCAGUGCAGCUCCAACGCAAUACGAGCUAGACGACUUGAGGUGGGGCGAACGACUGAAUGGGCCUAAAGAUCGCUUUAUUGGCGAGCAACCAGAUGCCAUCUCAUCGAUCCCUCCCACUCCAGGAGAACUGGAAUCAAGCCAGCCCCCAACUCCCAAACAAGAUCAAGCCGUCGAUGCUGUGGUCAUCCAGUCUGCCUGGAACCCUCCAAAGAACAAAUGGAGAUUGGCAUCUGCUGGACUUAUGUUUUUGACCAUGGGCCUCAAUGACGCCGCGACAGGAGCCUUGAUUCCAUAUCUUGAAACUGAAUAUCAUAUUGGAUACGCUGUCGUGUCUUUGAUUUUUGUGACCAAUGCCCUUGGUUUCAUCUCCAUGGCGCCCCUAGCCCAGACAAUCGAGGCUAGCUUCGGAAGGAGUUGGUCAUAUGUCCUCUCGACGUCGCUCAUGAGCUUGGGGUAUGUUGCUCUGGUUUGCACUCCUCCCUUCCCAGUUGUCAUCAUGAGCUUCUACUUCAUUGGCUUGGGCAUGGCUAUGUUUUUGAGCAUGACCAACGUCUUCAUCGUGAAUCUUUUGAAUGGUACCGUGAUUCUCGGUUUUAUGCAUGGAUUGUAUGGACUUGGUGGUGUCAUCUCUCCUCUUAUGGCAACUGCAAUGGUCUCUCGUGGCAUCCAGUGGUCUCGAUUCUAUCUCAUACCACUGUCGAUUACUGUGACUUCGAUUUUCUGCAUAGGUUGGGCGUUUCGAGGGUUUGAAAAUGAUGCUGCCACUCAACUACUCACGUCGCUCGAGAGAACUGCAUCACGGCAAGCAGCCGCUGCUGGAGAGCCGACAAAACUUCAGAUUCUCAAAAGGGCUCUCAGACAGAAACCUACCAUUCUUGGGGCCAUUUUCAUCUUCUUCUAUCAAGGGGCUGAAGUGGCUAUUUCCGGUUGGGUCAUUUCUUACUUGAUCACAUACCGACAGGGAGAUCCUGCCCAAGUGGGCAAUGUGACGAGCGGGUUCUGGGGUGGCAUUACUGUCGGCCGCUUUGUGCUCACACACUUUGCUCACAAACUAGGGGAGAAACGAGCCGUGUUUGGUCUAAUAUGCGGUGCGGCUGUCUUUCAACUCUUGGUUUGGGUGGUGCCCAACAUCAUUGGCAAUGCCGUGGCAGAAUCGAUCGUGGGACUGUUCCUCGGUCCUGUCUACCCCUGUGCCACUGCUGUCGUCUCAAGACUGCUACCUCGGAACAUCCAAAUCAGUGCACUAUCGAUUGUCACAUCCAUGGGUUCAUCUGGAGGCGCAUUGGUUCCUUUCAUCACCGGUCUAAUGGCUCAAAAAUUGGGUACAGUGGUCCUGCACCCGAUCGUAUUAAUAUCUUUUGCUUUCAUGACCUUGACGUGGGCGCUCUUGCCACGCAUUGGGAAGAGAAGCGAAUGAUCAGGCUUUGGCUUGGGUAGUCAACGACGUCAGAUGGCUUGUCCAUGCGCUUCUCUCACUACGGACCUGAUACUCGACACAACUAUUGAUUCUUUUGCAGUCACCUGCUUCCCAAGAGGCUCUCAGUAGCUGUUGCCAUACCGGGCACGAAGGUGGUCCUCGGCUCUAAUAGGCUCAUGUCGCGGCUUUUCUCCUGGCUGCAGGCAUGUUGGGAUGCAUUCAAUCAGUUGGUGUCCCAACCCUUCGUUGAAAAAGGCAACAGAAUAUCGGUCCUUGGUGGAGACGGGCGAGAUGACCCUAUGAAGAGUUGAAGUAUACAUAUUAUUGGUCCAUCGUUCUAGAGGCUGUCAGCGCAUCAAUGUCAUGGAAACCGAGGAGUGGAAGCCUUACCCAUCAUAUCUCCAAUGUUGACCACAAAUGCGUCUUUAAUGGGAGUUACCUGGUGCCAUGUUUCUGAAGGUUUAUGGAAAACUUCAAGGCCACCGACUUGCAGUAUGUUAGUGAUGGAAGAUACGUCCAAGAUUGAAUAGUACUCACUAUCAUCUUGCAUCAGCAAAGUCAAAGCGCCGAAGUCUGUGUGUGCACCAAUGCCCCUUGACUUGUUGGCCAUCUCUGGCGUUGUUGGAGGAUAUCGAUGAGCGCGACACAUGGAAAUCGCUAGGUUCGAAUUAGUGGCUAUCACAAUAAAGCGCAACGCAGGUCCUGCCGGACAGAACAAGACAAGAUACUCACAGUCUUUACUACCCACAAACUCAUCAAAAUAUGUCUCCUCCAAAUUUAGACUCAAGGCCAUCAACCGAAACAUGGUUUUACUCAAAUUGAGAAUCUCCUCAAAGUAAGCCGUAUAAACUUGUCGUAAGCCUGGCGCAUCUUCCUCUGCUGGCCACUGAUUUGGCCCUUGCAGGAAAAGCGCAUCGGCAGGAAAGUCAGGUCCAAUCAUGAAGCCUUCCUUUUGAUCUGAGAACCCGCCUUCGAGUUUCUGCUCUCCGACAGUUUCAUACCCGCGAAGACAUUUGGAUUGGCUACGAUGAAGGGCUUGUUUGGUGGAUGCGGGAAGAGCAAAAAAUUGCGACAACUUGGAGAGAAGCUCGGCGCGCAGCGACGCGGGGACUUGGUGGCCUGUAAUUUGGAAGAAUCCCGGUGCCAUACAGGCGGAGCGGAGCUCGCUGGCAAUCUUUUUGGCUUGUGUGGCAUCGCCGGCGAGGUAGCCGGAAAUGUCGAUCAAGGGGA